GGUUCCUUUCACAAUCUGCUCCAUAGAGAACCAAUGCUGCGCAUGCAGGAGGGAGAAGGACAUUCUCAGCUCUGCCUGGACAGGCUGCAGCUCGAGGCUAUUCAUAAGGAGGCAUGGCACUCUGGCGGGCGUACCAGCGUGCCCUGGCUGCUCAUCCGUGGAAAGUCCAGGUCCUGACGGCUGGGUCCCUGAUGGGCCUGGGUGACAUUGUCUCACAGCAGCUGGUGGAGAGACGGGGUCUGCAGGAGCACCAGACACGCCGGACCUGGACCAUGGUGUUCCUGGGCUGUGGCUUUGUGGGCCCUGUAGUAGGAGGCUGGUAUAAGAUUUUGGACCGGCUCAUUCCUGGCACCACCAAGCUGGAUGCGCUAAAGAAGAUGUUUUUGGACCAGGGGGCCUUUGCUCCGUGUUUCCUAGGCUGCUUCCUGCCACUGGUGGGAACACUCAAUGGACUGUCAGCCCAGGACAACUGGGCCAAACUGCAGCGGGAUUAUCCUGAUGCCCUCAUCACCAACUACUACCUCUGGCCUGCUGUGCAGUUAGCCAACUUCUACCUGGUCCCCCUGCACUACAGGUUGGCCGUUGUCCAGGGUGUUGCUAUCAUCUGGAAUUCCUACCUAUCCUGGAAGGCACAUCAGCUCUAACCCUGCCCUGCUCCAUCAUUCCCACCGCCUCGAUGCACCCAGUGACCCUGAAUGCUCACAGCUCUUCAGUUUGCAGAUCAGUGUCCGUGAGGUGGGGCUGCUGCCCAGAGCACUCUGCAGUGGCACAUUUCACUCUGAACUGUGUACUGACUUCUGAAAUCACUGAAGCCUUUAUGAUACAUUCACAGGCGCUCGAUGCAUUCUGAGCACAGUACCAUUAGGCAGUUGCGUCUUGUGUGAACACCAUGAAGUGUCCUUACACACACCUGCAUGGUAUAGGUCAGUCACUCAGCGUGGCCUUGUGAUGCAAACAGGACAUGGUAAACUCAAGAUGUCUGAGGCCGCUGCCUGCCUAACGGCCCACUGUUUUACAGUUAGCUUUUUUUAAAAAAUAAGGAGUCGGGCUGGGGAUUUAGCUCAGUGGUUUCGCUGCCUGCUGCGCAAGCGUAAGGACCCGAGUUCGAUCGCCGGUGCCAAAAAAAAAAAAAUGAGUAUAUUCUAAAAUAAUGAUAUAGUAUAAUAAACCAAUAACGUUAUUA